CGAGGAUUCCUUGCAGAUGACCUACUCUCAUCCCCUUGUCCUCGUUAUCCCUUGCAUACGUCGUGAAAAGGGUGAUCGGGUCGAAAGGGUUCGUCAGUCGGUGCAUUCUACAUUGUCUACUGUCAUACGACGGCAUGGAGGAUCCUUUUGACAUCUGGGGUGCUCCGGUCGAGGCGUCCACGAGCUCCCGUGCUGCUGGGGGGCCUUAUGGAGCCAUCAAUGGCACCAAGCUGGCUGCUGGGAAGCAGACGCGUUCUGCAGAAAAUGAUUUGUUCUCUCCUGACACCGCUGGUUGGGGGAUCGCAUCACCGAACGUAGCUCCAGCGACGCCAAGCACUGCAGACCCACGGCAGACCUUUUCGCGAAUCGCAGCCAUCGCUGACGAUGCGCCUUUGCAACCGCCAUCAGCCCUUGCAGCGGCAGCAGCACUCAACUCUAGUGAUCUGAUUACGACACCCCCCUUUAGCUCGGUGCCAACUGAGAACCUGGUCUCGUCUCCAGAUCGGCGGCCAAGUCCGCUCGAGAAAAGCGAUCUACAGCUGUCGACGAUGACGGCACCGACGACGCCGGACUCGGAGUUGGCAUACUACCACGCCCAAAAUCCUGUGGCUCUCGCCCGUGCGAAUGCCGCGAUACACAAGCAGGUGCCAGACCUCACGCUGCCCCAUCCGUUGGAACCUCCUCCCGCAUUCAACCUUGAGCAAAGUCCAGCCCUCCAUUCCAAAGAUGCUGCCAAGGGUAGCGAGACAUGGCCUAGUUUUCCGAAGGAAGAGAAGGAUACGGAUGGAGGGUUCGACGACUUUGAUGACUUUGAUGAUGCUCAGGAUGGGACUAAUGGCGGAGAUGCUUCUGGAGCGGUCGCAGAUGACUUUGGAGAUUUCGACGACUUUGAUUCCGGAGAGGCAGCACAAGCCCAGGCGGCCGAGUCAACGGCACUUCGUGCUGCACCAGCAGCCGCUGCAGUAGCGCAGACUGAAGCAUCGAUCAGCUCGGCUCGAUCGGCUAGCGCGACUGCCAUCCUUGGCCAGCGAGCUCUCGACGUGCGGCCAGGCUCCACGAGUAGCGAGCUGAUACCACAGCUUCGAGAGCUGUUCGCGGCACCGUUCGAGCCGGAUGGAGAACGCUACCCGCUGUAUGACGCAGCCGAAGCGCAGCUCAGCAAAGACGGAAUUCGGCAAGUCGGCGGCCUGCGCCAGGUGCUAGUGACAGAGGAACUAUGCAAAUUGUACGAGACUCUAUCCAUGAUGCCCAGUCUUGCUCCAGUAGGCUGGACACGGUCACGCACAAGACGAGAGCAUCUUGUCUCUCUCGGCGUACCGAUCAAUUUGGACGAAAUUCUGGACGGGGGGCCAGCCGGGGCGGGGCGUAAAGCGCUACCUCCACUCGCUCUUAAGAUCGACGGUGCUACGAAAGAUGCGUCAGGGAAAGGGCCUCUAUCGGAUCCAGGCGGGGAGCGGCCCGGCGGCUCGCUCGCGCCGGGUGCGACGGCCCCCGGGAAAAGCGUAGGAGGUACACCGAGGAACGGCAGUCCAGGCCCCGGGAAGAAGGCUGAGCGGCGACGAAUAGAGCUUGGACUGGGCCCGAUGCCGGACGUCAAUCUUAAGCGUGCAGAGGAGGUUGUCGCUCUCUCGGAAGGUGAGGCAUGGGGCGAUACCGGUGCAAUUCUACGCCCUCCUUACACGAACACUUUCGUCCCAACGUUCCCCUGCAGAACAUCUCACUCUACAAGCACUGCCGAAUCUACGCAGCCUCUCACAAGAGAUCAAGCAGCUCACCACGGGCACUUCAUCCUUGCUGACGUAUUACCUGACGCUCCGAGAUGCGCAUGCGGCCGAUUCGGAUACGUACAACGCCAUGAUCCGUGACCUCGUGGCUGGAGCGACAUCAAAGUUCGCCGGCGGGGCGGUCUCGAGCAGCGGCGCGUCGAGCAAGGGCGGCGACCGGCGGGCGACGUCGAUGGUGAUUGGAAGCAGCAUCAGCGCGAACGAGCCGAAUGGUGGUGGAGGCGGGACAGCAGGUGGCGUUGUGGGCCUGCGCAAAACCAGCUCCACCAGGAGCAGCAGUGCAUUUGUUGGCGGCGGCAGCCUCCGAGGGGGUAGUGGGAGCAUCAAAAGUAACAGUGGCAGUGGCAGUGGAGGCAACACACCCCAACGAUCGGCCAGUCCUGCGAUAGGCGCAGGAGGCAAGAGCCCACUGCGAUGAGAGAUUGUGUAGUGGUAGUGUCCGCGAUACCCUUUAAUACGCAGGGUUCAUAGGGACAUGGUCUGAUAGCCUGCUGA